AGCCUCCCUGGGAGGUUGCCACGGUGGCCGCCCAGGUGGGCGCGCCAUGGGGCGAAUCAGAAUGCAGUUAGGGCUCCUCCUGGGCUUGGCACCCCUGGUGGCCGCGCAACGGGAGGCGCCUGGGAUCUUCAAGCGCCUGGCUAUGGCCGGCGAGGAGAUCCUCGAACGAGCUGUCAGCGACUUUGACAAGUGCAGCUGCCGGUGCUGUCAAGCGACUGAGCGGAAAGACCAAGAAGUGGAACGCAGUUCCUACGGGUCGUUGCUGACGCACAAGUGCGUCCACCCGUACCCAGCCACUGAGAAGUGCCCCGCCGAGUGCACGGCCAGUCAUCGCCUCGAGGCUGCACAAACCGCUGCGAAGGGCGUCCUGGACUACGGUCGUUUCUGCUUCCAUGCUUGUACGCCGACGGUGAUGGUCAACGGUGGCACCUGCUCAACGCCCGAGGAGGCCGCAGCGCUCCGGGCCGCCGCGGCGGGGAACGCGGCGAGGAACGCGGCGGAGGCAUGGCAUCCGGCAGACAUGAAGAUCUCUGAGGAGCCGCAGCUGGCCGCUGCACCCGCGCCUGCGCCUGCACCUGUGAAGCCAGUGGAAGAGGAGAAGGAGGUGAAGAAGAUCACUUGGGACCUCCGAAACAUCCGCGCGCAGCGCGCCCGCGCCGAGCGCUACGCCGCGGACGCGCGAGCGGCCUAUGCGGCGGAGCAAGUGAAGUUGCACACGCACGAGAUCAAGAGCACCGUGAAGAUGCUGGAUCGCGUGAAGAAGAGUGUCAGCGAAGACACCAAAAGCUUUGAGCCCGAAGUGCUGAAGGCCAAGGCCAAUGCCAGCGCGGCCGGCGAUGCUGCGGUGGAGACCUACAAUGUCUUCAAAAAAGCCAAGGCGCAAUCUCGCAAGGUCCGGGCGGAGACCAGGGACCUCGCUCGGACGAUCAUCGCUGAAGCGGCGGCCGGUGCGGCGCAGGCGGAGGCUGAGAGCUUCGUGCGGCGGAUGCACCAGGCUGAGGUAGCCAACUUCCGUGCGCAGGUGGCGAAUCAGGCUAGUUUGCCCUAUGCCGGUGGCGUCACCACUGGCGUCCAGCAGGAGGCGGAGUACCGGAAGCUGGCGGAGGACUCCGACGUGACCGCGCGCGAAGCGGAGAUACAGAUGGAUGAUGCUGAGAAAGAAGCCAAGAGGCUGGAACAGUCUGACAGGGUGCUGGCUGGCAUGAGGAACCGGGAGGCAACUGCCUUGAGACACCAGGCCGAAGAUGCCCAGGCAGCAGCCUCCAGGUAUCGAAGCUUAGCCAAGAAGGCCCAUGCCGCAGCCCUGGGGUGGCAAGAAGCCUCUGCCAAGAACUCGGAACAUGUCGCCGACAUGUACGACCUCUCAGUGGCCGUGAUUCCAACCCCGCCUCCGUUGGUGGGCAUCCCGCGGCCACCGGCCUUCCGAUGAGACCGGAGGUCUUCAGAGGUUUGCACGGUGGUGCGUUGCUCCAAAAAGCGUGGCUGCGUGGGCGGGGGUGUGGCGGGGUGCGAGGCGGGGC